UUCAGAAAGAGUUCAUAGUGAUCUGGAUGAUGAAGACAGGCAUAUGUCUUUCUGUGCGUCAGGACUCCACCCUAAUGGUAGAUGCACUUGUGGGACAUUCUUUUCAGCUGAAGAGCCUAGUAUUCAUGCAAGCAUCUUUCAAAUACUCAUGCUUGCUGAUGCACUAUUUGAGGUCUUGGAUGAAAUCCAUCACCACCCGGUGUCUGAUUCGCCGUCUGUGCUUUCACUGCCAGCUCCAGUGGAUGUUGUAGACUCAUUUCCUCUCAAGAAUCACAAGAAGGCCGAGGCAACUGAAAAUGGAGCCCAGUGUUACAUUUGCCUGGCUGAGUACGAGGAAGGGGAAACAAUAAGAGUUCUCCCAUGUUGUCAUGAAUAUCAUAUGCCAUGCAUUGAUAAAUGGCUCAAAGAAAUUCACGGUGUAUGCCCAAUUUGCAGAGGAGAUGUUUGUGAGGGCAUUGCCGAGGCUUUCACCUAAAAUCCAGAAAUUUCAUCUUUUUGAUGGAUAUGUAAAUACAUAUAUAAAUAGGUAAAGGUUUUUUCUUGAAAUAUUUUAUGCCUACAUAGUUGUAAAACAGUAAAAGUUUUAUGCUUCAGUAAUAUGAUAUGCUAUAAGUUGGCUCCAGAGAAUUAAGAAGAGGGGCAUAUGCAUCUUGUAGUUUCCCUGUUGAAAUUCCAGCACAUCAGAUUUUGUAAUAAAAACUAGAAAGGAUUAUCAUCAAAAUCAUUGCCACACCA